UAACUUUGUUGUUUGCUGCCAGCUAUAAGUAGCAGCAGGCAAAGGCAAUCCUCUACUGAUUCCCAUAGUUUAGAGCUGGGCUUCUUGUCUCCUGCUUGCAUUCUACAAAAUCCAAUCGCCUGCCUCCUGCUGCGCCGUAGUACAAUUUUGCAGAUCGAAGCAUGAACCAUCUCUUUACAUACAGUUGAAUAUAUCCUGGUCACAGGCUCACAGCGGCUGAGAAGUCACUCGAAAUGCUCAGUGAAGUAAAAAAUGGUUCUCCCUCACAUGGCGCAUCCAGCGAGAGCUAGUCUGGCCGGUCCUUGUCAACGGCCUGUCCUGCGGCUGCUUUCUUGGUAAAUUGGUAGUUCAUUGGAGUACCUCUUGCUCCGCGAUCUGCAUUCCAUCGCCAGCAGAGGCUAAUCCAGAUCGCCAACAUGAAGCAACAAGUAGUGAGCAGCAACGGCAGCUCGCCGUCGCCGUCUCCGGCAGCCGCGCGAACGCGGGCAUCAAGGCCACCCCCGCCAAAAGUCAAGCAACCUCCUGCUGCUCCAGGGGCGAAGGCCAGGCCAAGAACCACCCCCACCCCCACCACCAUGGCGGCGGCGGCGGCGGCGGCGGCAGCGAGGAGGCAGCUGCCUGUACCUGCGCCUGCGCCGGUGAGGAGGGCCAUGAGCAGCAGGGACAAAGAGGAGCCUGACAAGGAGACAGUGGAGGAGGAGGUCGUGCGCCUGCGUGGAGAGGUGGAGGCCCUGCGCAGGGAGGUGCAGCGCCUGCUCCGCCUCAACGCCGACCUGACCCUUGCGCAGAGAGGGCAGGGCAAGGCCACCAGCAGCAGUGAUCCGCCACAGCAACAGCAAGACAAAGACACUCAUGAUCCUGCCACCAACAGACCACAACCUCCCAGCAAGACUCCCGGGGGAGUCCCUGCACGGCCGCCCCCGCCGCCGCCGCCGCCGCCACGGCAGCAAAAGCCGAAAGGCUCUUCAGCUCCGACCACAAGCCCGGUGAGCAAGGCCGCCGCAGUGGUUGACAUGUACAACUCGCUGACCAACAACAAGAAGCCGCCGCAGCACGCUGACAGAGGCCGAAGCCAUCAUCACCACAGCAGCAUCGUUGGGGAGCUGCAGAACCGCUCCAGGCACCUGCUAGCGAUCAAAGCGGACGUCGAAACAAAAGCAGAGCUCAUUGAAGAUCUCAUCAAGAAAAUCCACACCAGCACCUACACCGAUGUGGAGCAGGUGCUUACCUUUGUGGACUGGCUGGAUCAACAGCUUUCUACUCUGUCUGAUGAGACGGCCGUUCUGAAGCACUUCAACUGGCCGGAGAGGAAAGCCGAUGCGCUUCGUGAAGCCGCAUCCGAGUACCGGCAUCUCAAGUGCCUUCUAGCCGACAUCUCUUCCUUGAACGAUGACGGUGGCAGUCCUUCGCCCUGCGACGCGAUUCUCAGGAAGACCUCAAGCUUGCUGGACAGAUUGGAGAAGAGCAUGAGCAGGCUGGUGAAUCUGAGGAGCUCGGCGAUGCCGUCCUACAAGGAGCUGCGAAUCCCAACUGACUGGAUGCUUGAUUCAGGGGUUGUCUCGAAGAUCAGGAUGGCGUCGGUGAACCUAGCGAAGGUGUACACGAAGAGAGUCCUCAAGGAGCUGGAUGGCAGGGAUACGGCUGGGAAUGAGGCUGCUCUGGUCGCUCAGAGCGUGCGCUUCACCUACAGGGUGCACCAGUUUGCUGGAGGGCUCGAUUGCGAAGCGAUGCACGCCUUUGAAGAGCUAAGAAGGCGGGUUCGUCCGGUCUCCUCGUCUUAGCUACAUCUACAUGGACAUGGUGGACAUCAAGAUUCAAGCCCACCCACUAGAUCCCCUUCUUCUUUCGCGCUGUUCAUUUGGCAACAAACAAGUAGUACUGUUCUCUCAUACUAAAUCAGCACCAGCUACCAGCCAGUCAGCAGUACUGUUCUCUCAUAACAAAUCAGCACUAGCCACUAGUCACAGCCAAGCGAACACAGCGAAAAGUAUAGCAUUAUCGUUGUGGCGCCUGUCAUCUGAGGGCUUGUGCAAUGUGACAUGUAAUGAGGCAACAAAGAGUUGGUUUAAGCGCCCGCGAA